AUGAAGGCAGUGUGUUGUCUUUCAGUGCCAAGAAUUCAGAGCCUGGUACUGCCAAAACGUGCCAAGAAGCCAGAGCCCAGAAGUGCCAAGAAUCCAGAGCCUGGCAGUGCCAAGAAUCCAGAGCCUUGCAGUGCCAAAAAUUCAGGGCCUGGGAGUGCCAAGAUUUCAGGGCCUGGUACCAAUAAUCCAGGGCCUAGUAAUGCCAAGAGUUCUGUGCCUGGUAGUGCCAAGAAUUUAGAGCCUGGUAGUGUCCAGAUUUCAAGGCCUGGUAGUGGCAAUAAUUCAGAGCUUGGUAGUGCCAAGAAUUCAGGGUCUGGCAGUGCGAAUAAUUCAGAGCUUGGUAAUGCCAAAAAUUCAGAGCCUGGCAGUGACAAAAAUUCAGUGCCUCGAAGUGCCAAUAUUUCAGAACCUGGAAGUGCCAAUAUUUCAGAACCUGGAAGUGCCAAGAAUUUAGAGCUUGAUAGUGGCAAUAAUUCAGAGCCUGACAGUGGCAAUAAUUCAGAGCCUGUCAGUGCCAAUCAUUUAGAGCUUGGUAGUGCCAAUAAUUCAGAGCCUGGCAGUGCCAAGAAUCCAGGGCCUUAUAAC